AUGAAGGGCCAGGUUUUCCCUACGCCGUUGCGCAUCGCGCUUUCUCACUUCCAGACCUUCCGUUAUCUCCUCUUCAAGAACAUACUCCUCUACAAGACUGGAGUCGAGCCUACAAAAUCUGCUCCCCGUGCUGCAGAAUCGGCAAAUAUCACCGAAGCUACAGAUGAAUCCCUUCCGGCUGCGGUGAUCAAUGAAAAGCUCACAGCUGAGUCUGGUCCUGCACCGACCGGUUCUGCGCCAGCAGUUGCAGAGACCGCCAAUGCAACCGAAGCAACAGAGGAGGCAUUGCCUGCUGCCGAGACGGGCGAAAAGUUGGCAGCUGAUGCAAAAUCUACACCUUCCCAGUCAGCAACCCUGAGCCAUGCUAGCAUGUUUGACCGGAAGCCCACACUAUACAUUGGCAACUUGUUCUUCGAUGUUACUGAAAGCGACCUCGUUAAAGAAUUCGCCCGCUUCGGACCUGUAACCAAGUGCAAGAUUGUUCGAGACAGCCGUGGCUUGAGCAAAGGAUUCGGAUAUGUCGACUUCUCAACACAAGAGGCUGCAGACGCAGCUAUGGAGCGUCUCAACAUGUCGCUCUUCGAAGGUCGUCGCAUCACAGUCCAGUAUGCUGCGCGCCCGAGCGGCGUACUUGACAACCAGAACGUCGAGCGCAAGCCGCUCAACCCUCCUUCCAAGACUCUCUUCAUUGGCAAUAUGUCCUUCGAAAUGACCGAUCGUGACCUCACGAAUUUGUUCCGUGGUAUUAGAAAUGUCAUCGAUGUCCGGGUGGCCAUUGAUCGACGCACCGGGCAACCGAGAGGAUUUGCGCAUGCUGACUUCAUUGAUGUCAAGAGCGCCAUGGAAGCAAUGAAGGUGUUGCAAGAGAAGGAGAUCUACGGCCGGAGAUUGAGAGUCGAUUUCUCAUACUCGUCAGCGAACAGGGCUCCAAGGAACGAUCCGCCUGCUGAGAAUAACUAG